AUGGCGAAGAACGGCGAGUUGGAUGCCUGCUUCGAGCGGCUUGAGAAGUCGCUCGAUAAAAUGAUCGAUUCGAUAGCCAAGGGAAACCCAUCGGAGGCGAUUGCGGAGGAGCUGGUCGCGUGCCAGAACGACCUUCAAGGUUCCAUGAAGCUUAUUGAGACAUGGCAGAACAACGAGGCGAGGCUUCAGCAGCUGCGACAAGAGGUUUCCCUCUUCGAUACACAAAUCAAGGACAUCAUGAGCUCGUUAUGGAAUAUCCGCAAGGAAGUCAAAGCGACGCAAACGACCCCUACUGCCACCACCAAGAAGCACCAGUUCACCACAGCCGAGCUUCUUGCCUUCGCCCGUCGCAUUAGUCGCAACACCCUCCCAGCGCCCGGUGUAACCAACGGCGUUGACAUGACCGCACCGAAACCACCCCCUCCAAACGCCGACGCCGACGAUUCCUUCCGCCUGCAAUCUCAACCAACACAAAACCAAACCCCCAACACCAGCUUCGGCGCCAGCUUCGGCCCCGGAAUAACCAGCGGCAGCACUCCAGGUCCCGUCUCUGCAGCAACUCCCAACACCGUCAACGACACCCAGCCCAGCACCCAACUCCCCCCCUCCCAGCCAACAAAAACCGUCACCGAAGAGAAACUCCCCGAACACAUCGAACAUGGCAUCAACCCCCGCCACGGCGCCGUCUUCUACCCCUGGCCAACACAAGAGCACAUCCGCUCUGGCGCGCUCGCCUCCCUCCAACGACUUAUCGACGCGGGCAUCGAUCCCAAAGGCUAUGAUCCAGGGGAAGUGGAACGGAAGAAACAAGAGGAGGAACAAGCGCGCAAGGAUGCUGAGGAACGAGCUAGACAGGAACGGGAAGCUGCCGAGCAGCGGAUGCGCGAAGAACGGGAGCGCAUGGCGCGGGAGAGGGAGCUGGCAAGGCAGCGUGAGGGCGGUUCGGAUAGGAGGGAUAGUGUGGCGGUUGGUAGUGCCAAGCCGAAACAGUUCACCUUUCUGGGGGCGGAUGACGAUGACGAUGAUGAUGAUGAUUGA